UGGAGCUGCUGCUGCAUUUUAAUGGUCCAUCUCUGCCAUGACAGCUGGUCGCCCGGUCAUGUUGCCCGACUUGAACAGAACUGGCGUUGGCCGAAAGCUUCCAAUGCCCGAAAUUGACGCAUCCGUUGUGGUCGUUUCUGUUUUCUCUGGGCUCGAGCUCUGUUUGAUCAUGACGUUACUUUAUCGUCUUGCCAAUACUUGAUGAGAGCAGAGUUCCGUUGACUGUGUGGCAUUCCUCUCCCUGAUGACAAUGAUGGGAACAGAUACGGGGGUUCGCCACUGUGAUGAGAUGCCUGAGGUGUACACCUGGAACAGAACUGGAC